AUGCCUGGCUGCCCGGCGCAGUUCCGGACGCAGAACUUCUGCACCGCCCUUGCCCAGGAUGGCGGCCCCGAGAUUCUGAGAUUAUUCGGGAGGCUGGUGAACGAGAGCGGCUAUGAGGAGGCAGAACGCCCCGACUUGGGCCCGCAUUACGAGGUACAGGUGCGAGACCUACGGUCUCGGUCGACUUUCGUGCUGCGCACGAAGAAGUCGCAGCAGCUUCCGCCAGGUUGGGUGGAUCUUCCCCGCAUCAGCCUUCUGCCUCCAGAGCUCACAGGCGCCCCGAGCUCUGAGACAAAGAAAGCGCAGUAG